GCUUCCGGCCGCGAGCGGCCAUUUCCACUUCUUCCCUGCGACUUUUCUCGGCGGAAAGUUCUUUUCUGAGGUCGCCUGUGCUUCUUGAGGAGGGACGGUACCACUGAACCGCAGCUAUGACCGAGGCUGACGUCAAUCCAAAGGCCUACCCUCUUGCAGAUGCCCACCUCACCAAGAAACUACUGGACCUUGUUCAGCAGUCAUGUAACUACAAGCAGCUUCGAAAAGGAGCCAAUGAGGCCACCAAAACCCUCAACAGAGGCAUCUCUGAGUUCAUCGUGAUGGCUGCAGAUGCGGAGCCCUUGGAGAUCAUCCUGCACCUCCCGCUGCUGUGUGAGGACAAGAACGUGCCCUAUGUGUUCGUGCGCUCCAAGCAGGCUCUGGGGCGAGCCUGCGGGGUCUCCAGGCCUGUCAUCGCCUGCUCCGUCACCAUCAAAGAGGGCUCACAACUGAAGCAGCAGAUCCAGUCCAUCCAGCAGUCCAUCGAAAGGCUCUUGGUCUAAACCGGUGGCCUCAGCCGCACUCCCAGCUGACUCCUCUGCACCCCCACCCCGAGUUAUGUGUCAUAUUGUCUGUUAGCACGUAGUGUUUCCAGCUACCUUCUGUUGUUAUAAAGUAUUUUAAUGCUCA